AUGUCCAUACAGGCCAGCGACUCCUCGGGGCCGCCCACUGGCAAGCGCAAGAGGACCACUCACGAGGAUCACGAUGGUGACCACGACCCACAAUCAACGGCAUCGACCAGCAGACUCGACGUCUCGGCGUCGCAAUUGGCGGCCAACCUGCGAACCACGUCUCCAGACUCGCUCAGGCAGUCGCUCACCUCGCUGAGACAGGCAACCCACACAGACGACGAAGAGACGACCGUCGGACCCAAUGACAAAAGACUCGUGUUUGCAAGGGACUUCCUGGAGGCCAAAGGACUGGACAGACUCUUCGAGGCGUGGACUAGGAUUGAUGAUAUGAAGCUUCCCUCCCUCCAGGCUCAGCCAGUCGUUGCUAUCGCUAAUCUCAUCAAGCUCACUGCAUCUCACUUCACAGAUCAGGAACUAUGCCUCAACCUCAUUCGGCCCAUCCUUCCUCAUGGAGUCGGUGACUUAGAUGCGACGGCCAAUUAUUGGCACUUGUUGACUUCUUACCUCAUCGGCAUACAAGCUUCUACGACAAGGCCGGGCCAGCAGCCUGUCAAGACUGAUGAGGCUCUCAACAUGGCCUGUCUACAAUUGCUGACGAACAUAGUACGCUUCCAAAGUGGUCGCUUCGCUCGCGUUAUUGCAGAGAACUUCCCAUGGAGUGCCAAGACAGUAGCGAAGCUUGCGGUCAUGCGCAGAAGACAGGGCAAGGGAAUGACGGGCAAGACUAAUGCACCUAGCAAAGCAGCCUCGUUGUCGAAGCCGGACUCGCGCGUGUCCUUCAUGCUGUUUUUGACAGCAAUGCUUCAUCCAGCGACCCUACCGGAGUACCAUUUAGAGGACAGUGAUGAUUCGGUCGACUCAGGUGCAGCUACUUCUACAAAGCUUCUUCUAUUAGGCUCAGACUAUGCGCUACCUCAUCUCUCGGCUUUUCUGAAGACACUUGCAGACGAUCACACUUCAAAUGCAGCACGCCUACUUCACGUCCUGGAGCGGUCCGUCCUUCGGGAUCCAAAACUGCCUCGUGGGAGCUUGAUCAGCCUUGUACGUAGCUCUGAUGUACUUUCAGUCCUACUUCAGACGGAGCAAAAGCCUCAACAUGGCCUAGCCGAGGUAAGCAUGCAAAUGCUACGAGAGCUUUGUGGUAAGGCUGGGCGCGGGAUUUGUUUCCGUGAUCAGGGCUGGUACGGACGAUCUGCCACCGGUUCUGCCGCUUCAGACAUGACAAAUGAGCACAACAGCUUCGCGUUGGCGGCAGAAGGCGACAACCACACCAUCAGGGCCUCUACAAAUUCAUUAGGAAUCUUCAAUCCCCUGCUCGAUUCGUUCAUCGUAUCGCCGCAUUUCUCUCCGCUGUACAACACAGCACAUCGAGACCUCCUGCUGGAAAUCUUAUCUGCUGCCAAGGAGCUUCAGCCGAUUUAUCUCAGCUCUACAAGAGGAGCGCUAGGGGGCGGUCGCCUGGAACCUCCGGCGAGUGGCUCUGCAAGCAACGGCGCAACCUCCGGAGGUAGGGAAGGAGCUCGUCUCAGUGGGGUCCUUGCCAAUAGGCUCAUGGGGCAGCUGCUUGAUUUGGACCUUCCCUCUUUCAAGACCCGCAGACCGCCGCCUCUUUCGCGGUUGUUACCUGGUCUCCUCCCGCCAACGCUUGCUCGAUCGAAUUUCAUGAAAGGACUCAGGCACCAUGACCGCCUUGUGCGCUGGAGUACACUAGACCUGCUUCGGAGGGUGUUGGGCCGAGUGCUCAGAUUCCUUGCGGGGUGUGCUCUUUUCUCUCAAAGAGAGCAGUCCUGGGCCGUGGCGUGCAAAGCCGUGUCAAAGGAAGUAGUAAGACGGCUCCCCGAUGUAGCGACGGUCUUGAGCUGUCUAGAAGGUGUAGACGGCAAAACAAGGAAGAGUGACGAGCAGACCACGUCUCCAGUAGAUCACAUCAUGGUGGAGGCUAGCCUCCGGGUUACCUCUCUUCUUCUUGAAGUCUUGGCUUCCGAUCAGACUUCGAGCCUGGUGCUGAACUAUGAUGUCCGCAAGCUUGUCUCUCUGACUUCGCUCGGCAAAGGCUCAAACCAGCGCAGCACGGACUCCAACGAUUCUGGACUGGUGCAGAUGGUCACAUCUAUUGAGCUGCACACUUUGCGAAUCCUCCGUCUUUCGAGGGCCCAUCUGUUUUCAAUGCCGGGCAGCAGUGAUGGCAAGGUUGCGAGUGGCUUUGCAUCCAUGGUCCUGCUGUCGCUAUCGGCCGAAGCGAAUGCCAGCAUCAAGGAAGAGGUUACCCUUCUGUUGAUGGCCGCUGCAGGUGCCGCCGAGGGAGAGGGGAGCUCCGGUUUACUCUUCGACGGAGACCAAGGCGAGCUUGAAGCUUGGCUUGCGUCGCUGCCUUCUGUAGCCGAUGACAGCAGCUCUGACGCGGUGCUUGCUCUGGUCACCUUGAUCGAAGAGUGCUUGACACGCUGCUCGCGGAAUACUUAUCGGUACCUCGAAGCCGCGAGGAAGGCCAGGGGAAGUGCCAUCGAGGGCAGUGGGGAUGACAACAGCCUUCCCGUCUCUCCGAUGCUCACGACUUUUCUUGAGCAAGCCUCGAUCAAAUUUCAGAAAGACUUGCUCCCUGGAGCUGAGGUCAGGUUGGCUACGUUGCAGUACCUCACGAGGCUCGUUGCUUUGCUAUGUGGCAGAAAGAGAGUCGGUGCUGCAAAUGCUCUAGCUGGCCUUCUCGCACAGGUGGCCACGGAAACCGAUGGGAAGUUGACCGAGGAGGAGCUCUGGUUCCUUCAAGUGGCCCAAGAGGUGGUCAGAGCUAUAGAUCCAUCCCAUUCAAGCUCUCAAAUACCGUCGGCGGUGGAGCGGACCUCAAACGAUGACAUGAGCUCCGGACGCCAUACGAUCGAUGACCUCUCACGACAACAGCAACGACCUGUUGCGAGUAGCAAGAUCAAGGCACUUCUCUCCGCAAUGGCCACACAAGAAGGACCGGAUCCGUCCGCUGCCAAUCUCCUCCUUCUUCACCCCUCAAAAGAGAACGUGCUACCAUGCCUCAAGCAAAUGUUCCAGGCGAAGAACAAGCCCGCUGUCCCCGCGAGUGUGACCAUACUUCACUCGCUCUACCACAAAGUUGAUGAAGCAGCCAUGACUCAGAUCACGUUACUACCGGACAGGCCACCUCUGGCGAAGCUCUCCUUGCGUCUGAUCUUGACAGGUCUUGCCCAGAAUCGAGAAACCAACGGAACCUUUUUCUUGCAUGCCUUGCAGAGCGUAGCUUCUUCCUCCGUCUUGCCACCGAGUGACAUCGGGGAUCUCUUCUUUCUCAACCCUCAACUUACUCUUGCCUUUGCAAAAGGCCGAGUCGAGCUUGCCCCACUCGUUGACGUAGGUCUUAAGAUGUUCGACCCUGCUGAUGCCAGCGAGAGAGUUUAUCUCAGACCACUAAUCGAGGCGGUCUUGACACGACUAGACGAUUCGAUGCGAGAGGCUGCGAAGCUGCUGCCGUACUUCGAAAUAGGACAGUUGCAGCAGGUGUGGACUUUGUUGGUGUCACAGCUGCGUUCAUGGCGUCGAGACGAUCAGGUGACGGAAGGUGCGACUUUGCUGCGCAAGACUGCGCAACUGCUCUCACCCGUCACGUCCGGUAUCGAUGGAGGCCUAAUUGAGACCUUGCUAGCUUUGCUUGCCAAACAGUGCAAGAGCGAAGCAGCACAAGAUGCUGUCGCUGGACUUUUGUGCGACCUACUUCCGGUGGACGGUCUAGACAGCUUCACGUACCCGAAGACUACUGUGAGGCGAGGCCAUUCUCUCGCCCGUCAUCUUAAUGGAGCCUCUCUCACAGGUGUCGUCAAGUCUGGGAUCUCUGGAGGAGAUGCUCUGCAGGCUCGAUUGAUCUACCACUUCCCCGCUGCAGUGGCCAAGCCCUUUGCAGAUAUCACGGCUCGGUCUUCGAGGGCUCUUUUGCGCAGCAGGCCCAUGUCGUUGAGGUCGUUGGUGGACGUAAUCUCAUCGUCUGGCGAUGUCGCAGAGCAGGCACCCCUGCCAUCAAUCUCUCACCUGGCUGAGCUAUGCUACGAUCCUGUCGUUGGCCAGGUCUUCUCCGACUGUGUAGGCCUUAUCUGUGAGACAGAUAAGUGCGACGAGGUCCUCUCGACAUUCCCUGCUGAUCUGAAGCCUGGAGAUGCCUUCAAAUUGCCAGCAAUCCAGCUCGCGACAAGAUUGGCGAAGGGAGGGAAGCGUUCGCAGCAGGUAACCGCUUUCGUCCAACGCCUACUGGAUCAAGGCCUUCUUUGGCUUGUACGUCGCUUCGCCGAAGAUGAGUCAGACGACGAAGAGCUCCUCGUCGCGAUGGAAGCCUUCACUGCGCUUGUCCACCAUGCAAGCACAAACGACAUCGCCAAGCCGAGGAGUCACCUUGCCGACCCGGUCAUUGAGGCGGGCAUCAAGAGGAGGCUGACGGAAAGACGGCCUAUGGAGCUCAUCAGGGCUCUCCUGCGAUAUACCUCGCUUUCUGCAAGCUCGGCAUCAGCUCUCUUCUCAACUUUGCUUGCCCAUCCUCAGUUCUCUGCAGUGGUCAGGGCAUCAUCUGUGGACAUCGAGAGUGCAAGCGUAGCGGAGCCCGUCGGUCGGCUGAUCGUGGUUUCGUGUCUCUACAACAUGGUCUCUCAGCACCCAGCACAUCUGUUAACGUCUCAGAACGUGCAGGCACUGGUCUCCAUUUAUGGUGGUACCUUGACGCUCUCCGAUCGACUGAUCUCCAGUGUCCUGGAGAUGGUGGAGCAGCACAACCCUCGAGUCCCUCUGUCCUCCCUCGUUCGGAACUGGUCUGCUGAAGGAUCUUCUCCAUCGAGCUCUGCACCGCUUGCUCUCGACGCACUUCUGUCGUUACAGCCAAACCGGGUCUUCAACACGUGUGCAGCGUUCCCACGCUCUCGCACCUAUGGUCACUUGCAAGUGCAGACAGAGUCGGCUGACAAAGAGGACCUACAGCCAUUGAUUCGACAAGGAGGCGAAGCGUACGAUCCUCUUUGGAUUCUCUCCCUCCUUGGUGCCUCGCUCAGCGAGGAUGUCAAGACUACUGGUCUGCAAUGGCUGUCCAUUCUGCGUACCUGCUCGGUGGGAGUUGCUGUCUGCGCUUUGAGCUCCAAGAGCGUACCAGUGCGUCGGUUGGCCCUCUCUCUCAUGCAGAACGUCUAUGCCAGCAUACACUCGUCAGACCUGCAGGAACGCGACCACAUCUUGCUCGCUCUGGACUCUUUGCGCAGUAGUCUGAGCGCUCCUGAGGGAGGCUCGUCCGUAGUGCCGCCCCCUCUUCCUCUCACGACGACUCUCUUCUUUGCUCACCAUUUCCGCCUACUGGCAUCACCCUCGUCGAUCUUCUACCCGGUGUCAUCGCGCUUCCUACUACAGAGGUCAGCCUUCGACACCAGCGACGUACCGAUGCUGUACAACAUGCUGCAGUCGACGGACGCAGAGCACUGGAGAGCACAUCGACUCUGGAUGCUGCGCUUCUUGCGCGACACAUUGUUGUCGGGUGGCGGCACGCUCGAUUGGCGCGUCAUGAAGAGGCGCUACGUCUGGGAUCUCUUGGCCAGCAUGUAUAGCGGAGCGAAGAGUGCUCUAGUGUCUGCUGUGGAGGAGAGUGAGCCCUCUGACGCUGGAUCUGGCCAGCAGUCGAACGGUACCCUGGCGACGUUGCGGCUAUCGCUGUCGCUGAUCGAGGAGGUCAUGCUAGCAGCUGUUGGUCUGCCGGGUAUCGCCGUUGAGUUAAUCACGAGGAAGGCUUUCCUUAGCUGGCUAUCCCAACAGGCUGCACUCGAUCGCCUGAAGAAGAGACGCGGGGACGGCGAGGGCGAGGCGGAAGCAAGCGAGGGCGGGAACAGCAUUUGGCUGGUGCUGCUGCAUCGAGCUCUGAAGGGCGUGUCAUUAGAGCGACUGGACCGAUCUACGGCAGGUACAUGGGUCUUGUCUACUCUGGACCUCCUCUCCGAGCUCCCUUGCAUGUCGAACACCGACCGACUGUGUGUCAUUGAGACUCUGGCCCUCAUCGUCGAGCAUCUGCAGGGCAAGGCAGGUGAAGAAGGUGAUGCGCAGGAAUUGGCGUACUUGGGCGGACGACUUGUGCCCUUGCUUGCAAAGGUAUCCCUCACGACGCUGUUGCAGAGCUCCGAGCAAGCUCAGAUGCUCUUUGAGAGUUGCUCUCGUGUCGAGGACAUGCUCAAGGACUCGGAUCACCUCGAGCGGUCAAUUUUGGCCUCGCUGCGAGCCAAAUUGCUGGAGCUUGUGUUGAAGGCUACCGAUCAAGGCGUAAUGACGGCAAGAUUCGCGCGUCAAAGGGAGGAGCUGAGGAGGGAUGAGGUGCGGAAACUAUCGGCGUCAUCGCCAGUAACGUCACAAAUGUUGAUCAAGUAG